CAGGGUCCAGGACUUUUCUCGGUUCAGAGAUUUUUGAUUACUCAUUCAAUCUCUGAACAAGCGUUAUCUGAAUACCAAAGCUAGAUGAAGAGACAAGAAAACUACAAACCCAUAUUCCUUAUGAGUAUUUAUUCAAAAAUCCUCAACAAAACACGAAUAAAUCAAAUUCAGGAGCAUAUUAAAAGGAGUAUGUAUAUACCAUGACCAAGUGGGAUUUAUUCCUGGAAUACAGCUAUGGUUCAACACCUACAAAACUCAAUCGACAUAAUAUACCAUUCAGGAACUACAGCUACAGUGUCAAUAAAUCAUUACAGGCUUUUCUGCUUCGUAUGCGCUUCUUCCACAUUUUGUAUUCUCAUCAGCAUGUGACCCGUUCUGACUAAAUGGAUCAGCUGAGAUUGAAUUGACUCAUGUAUUUCAGCAAAAGCGUGAGGAUGUGUGUGCGGAUGGAUGGACCUCUCAUUCACAGCUGACGGAGGAGGAUUAUCGAAUCAAUCACCAGAACCUUGGAGGUCUCCUGCUAAAGAAGCAGGAACAUUGAGGGGCUUGAACUUUCCUGUCUUCAGAGAGACACGUGGCUUCCAUCCUUAAGCUCACCUAGGAGUCCAAGAAGGAUCGUGGAGACCCAGCCCACCCAGCCAUGCUGCAAACCUGCAGAAGAGUUGCUACUAACCAAACCAGCUCCUCUGAAAGAAGGCAAAGGAGAAAACUGCAUGAGAAUCUGCUGCUUCAGCUUCUUGAUCAGAGAUGAAAACAAGCCAUCGGUACACGUACACGAUGCUAUCUGGCUUCCUCUGUGUGGAAGGUGCUGAUAGAAAUCAAGAGGGUCCUGUUUGCCAAGACCACAAGUUCCGGAUUGCUUACUCUUGGAAAGGCCAGCUACCAUGUCAGGAGGACCCUCAACCAGCCCCAUGGAGAGACUCCUGCAAAUAGCCUUGUGAGUGAGCUGUCAGGAAGCAGACCCUCCAGCCCCAGUCCAGCCUUCAGAUGACUGGGGCCCCAGCAGACACCUUGACCUCAUCUCAUGAAAGAUCAUGAGCCAAAACCACACAACUGAGUUGCUCCUAAAUGCCUGACCCAAGAAAACUGUUUAAGAGGACAACCCAGAACAAGGCAAGGAUGUCUCUUGUAUGUUGACUCUGAUGAAUCUUCCAACCCAUGAAAAUGAUAUUCUCAGUGUCUAGAUGGAGCCCUCAGGCAUCCCAGAGUCCACCACCCCUUAUGAUUAUGAUUCGCAGAGCCUUUUGUGUGAGACUCAGACCUUCACCUUUGCGACCUUCAACACCACCAUCCUGUACUGCCUGGUGUUCUUCCUCAGCCUGGUGGGCAACAGUCUGGUGUUGUGGGUCCUGGUGAAGUAUGAGAGCCUGGAGUCCCUCACCAAUGUCUUCAUCCUCAACCUGUGCCUCUCAGACCUGGUGUUCUCCUUCCUGUUGCCUCUGUGGGCCUUGGUGUACCACUGGGGCUGGGUGCUGGGAGACUUCUUCUGCAAGCUCUCCAACAUGAUCUUCUCCAUCAGCCUCUCCAGCAGCAUCUUCUUCCUGACCAUCAUGACCAUCCAUCGCUACCUGUCUGUGGUGAGCCCCCUCUCGUCCCUGAGGGUCUACACCCUCCAAUGCCGCGUGUUGAUGACCACAGCUGUGUGGGCCGUCAGCAUCCUGUCCUCCAUCCCUGAUGCCGUCUUCCACAAAGUGUUUGAUCCUCCAGAAUAUUCAUCAGAACCUUCGAAAUGUGAUUAUUCAGAACUCAAGUGGUACCUGGCCUCGGUCUACCAGCACGUUGUCUUCUUCCUGCUCUCCAUGACGAUUAUCCUGUUCUGCUACGUGGAGAUUCUCAGGACCCUGUUCCGCUCGCGGUCCAAACGGCACCACCGGACAGUCAGGCUCAUCCUCACCAUUGUGCUGGCACACUUCAUCAGCUGGGCUCCCUACAACCUCAUCCUGUUCCUGCAAACACUGUUGAAACUUAAGAUCAUUCAGAGCUGCAAGGCCUACUGGCAGCUGGAUUAUGCCUUGCUCAUCUGCCGUGAUUUUGCCUUCUCCCACUGCUGCUUCAACCCAGUGCUCUAUGUCUUUGUCGGGGUCAAGUUCCGCAGACACCUCAAAAGUCUGCUCCGGCACUCCAGGCUCUGCCGGUCACAGGCGCCCAGCCUUUCCCCGGUACCUCACUCUCCAGGUGCUUUCCACUCUGAGGGCGCCUCCUUCUAUUGAAAGGGAGUUUGGCGCUGCAGGUUGAGAUGGACAGAAGAGAUGGAGGGGAAGCAAAGAGAAGUGGUACAAGAAAGAGCAUUGCAGAAGGCACAACACUGGGGACGCUACGGCUGCAGGGGUGGGAGGUGAAAGAAAUACCUUAUACCAGGAGGUCCUAUUGCAGAAAAGGGGCUCCCUGCCUGGAAGUUUUAUGUUGCCAUCAAGAAAAACACUUCUUGGAUUCUGAGUUUGUUAUUCAUUCCUUCACUUAUUCAUUCAUUUAGACAUGGGUUUGUUAUUAUUACUUAGUUCAGAAGGUUCUAAAACAUAAGAGGAUUCCCAGAAAGGAGCAUCCUUCAAGACUUGAGGAGGGGCUGAAACUCAUGUGUGAUAAUUGUGCAAAUGUAGGCUGCUGGCAAGACAGUCUCUCCCAUUCCUGACUGUACGGUUAUCCCAGCUAAUUUUAGAGAGCAUUCCUCAGUGACGACUGGAUGAGGACAAAAGUACCCACAUCCUCAAAUAAGCAUAGUCAGACGAAAUCUGAAUUCUAAAAACCUACAACUAGACUGGAGAUGUGUUCUGUAUCAUAAUUUCAAUUUCUAGCAUAUGUAGUCCAUAGAUCUUUUAUUGAAAAAAAAGAAUGAAUGCAAUAAGUGCUGCCGUCUGCAUGAAGCAAGUACUUGGAGGAUAUCAAGAUGAACAAGGUACCAACGUCCAGCUCUGAAGGCCCAGGCUUGCAUCCAUCUUGGUGAAGGCAGCCAAGGUGAAGAUUCCUCCAAUAUCUCAUUCUCUCCCUGUAGCUAUUGAUCUGACACUUCAGACUCAUCAUGUUCCACCUGGAAUGUUCUCCUGCUUGGUUGACAGCACCAGCUUCCCCCUGGUUGCUCACCCUCCAAACCUGAGUCAUUUUCAAGCCAUGCGUUUCCUUUCCUUCCACUCCCACAGCCAAGUUCUAUUGAUUCUGCCUUCCCAGUGCCUCUCAGAGUUGUUCUCGCCAUUGCAUGCUCAUGGAUUCAUCCCCAAUGGCCUCACUUCCUCAGCAUCUUCCUGUUGCUCAUCUCUUUCCCCACCAGCAUCCUCUGCAUUGAAACCGAGCUGCGCAAAACCCUUAGGCAGCUCCUUAUUACCUACAAAUAAAGCCCACACACCUUAGCAAGUCCUUCAAGGCCCCUGAAAUCCACUGCUAGCUAACUUGUGCAUUCUAUUCCAUCCUAAGCCCCCAUGCCACCAGCGUGGCAUCCAACCACAAAAGACCCAGUUUCCUCUUGGCCUCUGCCAUGCUGUCCCAUGCUGGGCCAGGGACACUUGUCCUUCUGCUCCCUAAUCUACAAGCCCCAGCUGAAAGGCCAUCUUCUUCAGGAAGCCCUCCCCCAUCUUUAAAUCAGGAGAGCACUCUCUGGUUGUUGUGGCACUUUGCUUGUCCCUGAAAGAUAUUAUUUGUCACUUUCCACCACAUGUCAUAGUUAUGCACAUGCAUGUCUUUUUUAAAAAAAUAUAUUUCAUUGAUUUUUUAUAGAGAAGAAGGGAGAGGGAUAGAGAGUUAGAACAUCGAUGAGAAACACCGAUCGGCUGCCUCCUUCACACUCCCUACUGGUAUGUGCCUGCAACCAAGGUACAUGCCCUUGACCGGAAUCAAACCUGGGACCCUUGUGUCCGCAGGCUGUUGCUUUAUCCACUGAGCCAAACUGGUUAGGGCUGCACAUGCAUGUCUUAUCUCCCUGCCCCAUCAGACGGCAAACUGGCUGAAGGCAGGCACCUGGUCCUGCACCCUGCCAAGCAUGGACCCUGGUGCUCUGUCAUUGUGUACGAAGUGGGAGCAAAGCGUGACAGCUGUCAUUAUUCUUCUAAUUGAUUUUUGGGGAUGUGUGCCAUGGGGCACUUUCUACCUUCCUUGCCCCAAGCUACUUCCUUAUCAAUAUUAACCUUUCUUUCCUAGUCUACACUCAGAGUACAUUGCUUAAUCUUCUAGGUGGCAAUGACUAUAUGCUUAAUCUUCUAGGUACCUUGUUGGUACCUUUAUCUCAGGGUUGGAGAUAAAGUGUGAAACAAGUCCUGUGUGAAUCAGGAUGGUGGAAAAUUGGCUCCAUUUAGGCCUUAGGCAAAAUUGUCCGAGGCCAAGUCUGUCUGGAGUGUUCCCUGGCUCAGUUCCCUGCCUUUUAGUUCAUGGUGCGCAUGCUUGCCUCUUCCAUGGUCCCGUAGCUUCACAUCCAAGGACCACCCUCUAAAUUUUCCCAUACCAUCCAGACCUGGUCCCAGUCUGUGAACCUAAUUCAGCUCUGGACUAGGGCCUUUAGAAAAGCUCCCCAGCUGAUUCUGACAUGUACCCUACUUAGAAACAUUGGGUGCAACUCCUUGAAAAUGGGAAUUCCAGAAUCUUCCACAGUUCAUUGAGGAAGACUUUGCAGAGUCACUGUGGCCCUCAAUAUAUGUUUAUUGAAUAAAGUAGUUACUAAUACAGCCCUCAGCUGGAGCCUGGAGAGCUUAUAAAGCAUUUUCCCCUUCAGUUCCAGCUAUUAUUUCAAUACUCUAGUUGCCAUUGGGUGGCCAUCCUUGGAGGGCAUUGACCUUGCUAGGGAAGAGUGAAGGUCUAAUUUUAAGAAUUGGUCAGUAACACCUGCUGGAGAAGGUUGAGUGGUGCACCAGUGAAGGGACUAGCUAACCAAUAGGUGGGCCAUCACCCACCAUCUGUGGAAGAAAUAGCUCACCACCUAAGGAAAGAGAUGAUGAAAUGGUUUGGGGGGGUCUGAGCUAAGCCUGUGGGCUUCUAUCAGGACAAUUUGGCAUCCCCUUAAACUGGGAUUACUUAACUUUUGUCCAACUUUUAUUUAGAUGGCAGGCUGAGGCCAGGGAGCAGAAAAACAGAGGAUUCCAGAUUACACACCCACUUGGCCAAACCAAAGCUCCAUGGGUUUUGAGCCCACUCUUCUUAGAAGGCAGGCUUAAGGGGUCUUGUAUCACCAGAGAGCAUGGCCUUUGAGAGGCUUGAUCCACUGUCUCCUUACCCCAUCCCAUUCCUUCAAAUCCCAAGAUGCAUAUCUAAGUAUUUCUUUCAACAAUUACAGCCAUAUCCCUAGGAGAGUUCAUGAAAUACAAUCAUGUCCAUCUCUACAUUUCUAGUGAUGUUUUGGCACUCCCAAUAGACUAGCUCUGAAAGUGAUCUUUAUCCAAGAGUCUUCUCCUAGUCCAGUUCCUUGGGAAUGCAAGGAAAGAGGCAUAGAGACAGAAAGGUCAAAACUGGAAGGUAGAGGGACACCCUAUCAGAAAGGGAGUGUGGGUAAGGCCAGGGACUGUACUCUACAUUCUCUGACCACACCCUUCAUCAGCUACAACCUCCUGCUUUCUUCUCCCUCCACCCACUAAAACUACUGUUCAACCUCAACCGGGCUCUUGUGAGCCUAUCCCUCCCCUAAUAGUUGAAAUAUGAUGCCCUGGUCACAGGGCUGCAGAACUGCCACACCAGAAACAUAUAAAAUCCCCAGCGGUACCCAAGGAAGAUCUUCUUCACAGCAUUUCCACCUCCACACUCCCUCAAACAAAAAUCAAGAGGAGAGGAACCUUGCUGAUCUCCAAAUAGGAACGUACCUCCAAGCCCAGGGCAGCCCCAGACCUCAGAUAACCCUAGCCAGAGUGGAACUUCCUCAACAGCACAAUCUGUGUUGCAUAACUAGAAACUGCCUUGGUGCCCCACAAUAUUUGUGGUUGGUUGACCAAGUGGAUAAGGAGACUCUCUUUUUGUUGUUUUUUUGUGUGUUUUUUUCUACUUCCAUUUCCUCUUCUGACACUUGCUUAUAUUACAUCCACCUUCCAGUCAACUCUAGGUACCAUUCAUAGGCUUCCCAUGGGUUCUUCUCCAGAGCCCACCAGCCCAGGCAUCACCUGGUUUGUUGAAUUCCUAUGGCUUUCAUUUGUGAAAGCUGCCUCUGGUGGGACAAAGAAACCCACAAGCAUGGAAAGCCCAGUAGAAAAGACCCCCAAAGUAAACUGGCUGAGAAGUCUCUUGGGAUUUGAGCCCUGGACUCAAACCCCAAAUCCAAGCUCUUUACUCACUGUGACCUUGGAUCCCUCAGAGCCUCAGUGUCCUCAUUUGUAAAACUGUAUGUCAACAACACAAAGAUUCUAUGCACACAAUGGAGGUGCACAUGAGGUUAUGUGUGUAAAGUACUUGCUUUGUAAAUCAUUCAGCCCAGACUAAUAUGAGUUACUAUUGUAAUCAUCUAAUAAAAACAGAAUCAUUGUAUCAUAUGCACAAAUAAAUCUCUACCCAAGAUCAUUA